AUGGCUGAAGAAAAUCCAGAGGGUUUCAAUCGAUCCUCUAGUGGAGCACAACUGGGAUCCAUGGAUGUGCAUCAAAUUGCAAGCUUUCUUAAUCAAUUGUCCACAUUACAAGCUCAAAUCUCCAAAGCUGGUUCAAGUCCGAUUUCAGAUCCCGCAAGUCCCUACUUCAUACAUCCUGGUGAGAGUCCUGGUUCGCCUCUGAUAUCAAUUACUUUAAAUACAAAUAAUUACCAUAGCUGGAGUAGAGCAAUGCUGUUAGCAUUAAAAUCAAAGAAUAAAUUGAAAUUCAUAGAUGGUUCAAUAAAGAAGCCAGAUCCAACAGAUGCAUUGUUUGAGGCAUGGGAAAGAUGCAAUACAUUUAUUGUCUCGUGGAUUAAUCUGUCUUUGAGUUCUGAAAUUUCUGAAAGUGUGAUUUGGAAUAAUGUUGCCUCUGAUCUGUGGAGAGAUUUGGAACAUAGAUAUUGUCAGGGAGAUUGGUUUCGAGUGGCUGAGUUAGAGGAAGAGAUGUACCAAAUGAGACAAGGCGAAUUGAUAAUUACAACAUAUUUUACAAAGUUGAAAGCUAUUUGGGAGCAAUUAAAUGGAUUCAGACCAAUUCCUAAUUGUGUAAUGUGUACUGAGGACUGUAAGUGUGGCCUAGCUAAAAUGAGAGAAUACAGAGAAGAGAGUUACACAGUGAGGUUUCUAAGAGGCCUCAAUGAACAAUAUUCGACUGUAAGAUCCCACAUCAUGCUUAUGAAUCCUAUUCUUGACAUAAACACCACAUUUUCUUUGCUCACUCAACAAGAGAGGCAGUUUGGCAAUCUGGAUUUGAUUGACUCCAAAACCUUACUGAAUAAUGCAAGGAUAAACUACUUAGAUGGCUCAAGAAAUAGAGGCCGAGGCAGAGAUGAAACAGAGGUGGUCGGACAAAUGGAAGAGGCAGAGGUAGGGGCACCAAGAUGCAGUGCACCUUCUGCGGAAAAAUGGGACAUAUUGUGGACACAUGCUACAAAAAGCAUGGAUUGCCUCCACACUUAA